AUGGAAUACGAUACAUCGACCAUGAACGGGGCGCCUAUCACGGCCAAUGUCCAGCAUGAAAAGAACACAACCAAGCCAGGUCGAGGUCGCUUGAGGAUUCACUCCGACCCGACGGAUGUCUCUAUUCUCAAGGAGCCCGUCACCUUCACGUUCUCAGGUCGCACUGCGAAGAACCGGUUUCUCAAGGCGCCCAUGACCGAAAGACUGUGCCAUUGGAACAAAGAAGGCGAGGAUAUUUCUGCCCGAGGCGUGCCCAGUCCCGAGUAUCUCAACCUGUACCGACGAUGGGGCGAGGCCGAAAUCGGCAUCAUUGUCAGCGGUAACAUCAUGGUCCGAUACGACGCGGUCGAGGCAUACGGCAACCCUAUCCUCGUUGACGACCACGACGGCCGCGUUGCCAAGUUCAAGGAAGUCACCGAGGUCGCGAAGGCUCACGGCUCGCUGUUCAUCGCCCAACUCUCUCACCCAGGACGACAGGGUGGGAAAUACCUGAACCCAAACCCGGUCAGCGCAAGCGAUAUCCAGUUGAAUAUCAAGUGGGCCGGGAACGAAUUCGCUAAGCCGAGACCCCUGACCAUCCCGGAGAUCAAAGACAUGGUGAAAAGUUGGGGUGAGACCGCGUAUCUCUGCUGGAAAGCCGGCUUCGAUGGUGUUCAAGUGCACUGUGCCCAUGGCUACCUGCUAGCCCAGUUCUUGAGUCCCACCACGAACCGACGCACCGAUGAAUAUGGCGGGGACCUGAACAAUCGCUCUCGCAUCGUCUUCGAGAUCAUCGAGGAGAUCCACCGCCGCGUCCCGGACCCGGCGUUCAUCAUCUGCGUGAAGCUCAACUCGGUCGAGUUCCAGGACCGGGGCACCACGCCCGAGGACGCGCGAGACCUGUGUCUGAAGUUGGAAGAGGCGCGAGUGGACUUCGUCGACUUGAGUGGCGGCACGUUCGAGGGCCGGGCGUUCGAGCACAAGAAGGAGAGCACCAAGGCGCGCGAGGCGUACUUUAUCGAGUUUGCGGAGAUGAUCCGGCCGCUUCUGAAGAAGACCAAGGUGUACAUCACCGGUGGGCUGAGGACCGCCGCGGGCAUGGUGAAGGCGGUCGAAUGCGGCGCCUGCGACGGGAUCGGCAUCGGCAGACCAUUUGCGCAAGAGCCGUACCUUUCCAAGGAGCUCUUGAGCGGGAAGAUCACGGGCGCCCUCGAGAACUUCGCUCCGUUGCCCUUGAACACCAAUUCGAGUGGCACGCAACUACAUCAGAUCGGAAAGGGACACAAACUGAUCAGUGACUGGAGCGACGAGAGUGAGGUCAAGAGGUGGAUGGAGGCAGACGAGAAGGAGACGGCCAGGAAGCUCAGCAUCUUGCCCGUCGUGGACAGUGGGGGCUAUCCGCCGCUCAAGGCGGAGGCUGGCUUCGCCUAUCUCGAGACCUGA